AUGUCCGAUAACCCUCACCACCCCGGCGUGCGCAGCUUGCUGGCCAAAUUCGAGAACCAGAGCCCCAUCGCCUCUCCGCCCUCCCGUGGCCGAUCCCCUGCGGCGUCAGAUUCCUCCGGAACGGCUCGACAAUUAUCCAAAGUCCGCGCCAGCUUCGUCACCGUCGACGGUGUCAUCCAGUCCAACCCAGCGUCGCCUUUGAGGAAAACAAGUGGCCGCAGCGACAGCCCGGGAAUUUUUGGCCCCAAGAUCAAUUCGGAACAGACAGAGGCCAGCCGACAAGCAAUGGCCUCUCCAACACCCCUCAGUCAUCAAGAACAUACCCAGAAUGCGACACUGGGACAGAUCAUGGCGGACGGCCGGCCCGAGAAAGUCAAUGAAACCAAGGGAGAAACAGAUGAUAUCGUCAAGGAGACGCCCGCAACACGCACCGAGACACCGCCUAAGCUAGACCUCUCGCCAGAAAAGACCGAAAAGGAUGUCUCUGUUGGAUCCAAAUCGGCCACUUCGGACACUCGUUCGCAAACCUCGGAUUCAUCUGCAACGACCAAGAGGAAGCCUUCUCCACUUGGCCCUGCCCGAAGUGCGGCCAGUAAGGCCAAAUCAACCGCCGCACCUUCAUCCAAGCCUGCCCCCAGCACGCAGCCAAAGCCUUCAGCGCGCGAGGUAGCCAAAGAACGCUCCAACUCUCUCGCUCAAAAGCCGAGCCGUGUUUCGCUAAACCCUAAGACAACUACACGAUCAACGCGAGGCGCCACCCCUGCGCAAGACACCUCAAAGCCGUCAGGCACUACCGCAUCCACCCGAUCUGGAGUUCAAUCCCCCGCCAGACCUGCCCGUGCGACUGGCUCAACGGCGGGACCAACCCAAGCAUCUACAGGGAAGGUUGGAACGGGUGCCCCCAGCUCCCGAACUGCCACUAGCUCAACCCUCCACAGAAAACCCUCAUCCUUAAAGAGCGCAGCUGGAAAUCAGAAUGCGACUGCUCCCAGUGUUCGCAGACAGGCAUCUCGUCCCUCACUGCCCGCGCAGGCAUCUGGUGAUGCACAUGCCAAGCCGGUCAACGAGGGAUUCCUCGCAAGAAUGAUGCGACCUACCGCCAGCUCUGCCAACAAACUCCAGGGCCCGGAGAAGGCUGAUGCAAAGCCCGCGGCUAAGACAACCACUGCUCAAAAGGCACCCAGGCCCUCGGUUGGAAGGGCUGCUGAACGUGGCACAUCUGAAGCUAAGCCUAAGAGCACCUUGCGGCCACACGGUGAGAAGUCCCAAGCUCUGAACAAGGGCUCAGUGCCCCAGAAGAACAGCACCAAGCCUCCCCAGAAGAAGCAAGAAAGUGAGAAGGAGAAUAUCGUUGAACCUACUCCUGUCAGCCCAAAGGAGUCUGUGCCGGCCAAGCCCGCUCAGGUUGUCGUUACUGAACAGACCGACGCUUCUGCGGCGCCAGCUGAAGAGACAGCUGCCCCAGUCAAGGCUGAAGAGUCUCUCACAGAAGUCACUGUCGAGUCGAAUGAGAAGUCGACAGAGCAGGCACCAGUCGAGGCUCACGCUUCGGCCGAAGAAGCUCCAGAGGUGCCGGCCAAGACUGAGGCUACAGUUGAGUCUAUCCCCGAGGUCAUCGAAGAGAAGACUGAGGACAAGACCGUCACUGAUGAAGGGGUGGUCCCCAACCCAGCCCAGCCCAAGGAGAUUGUUGAGCCCGCUACAAGCUUGGAAUCCACCAGCAAUGAAGAUUCCAAGGUUGGUGAGGAGCAGCAAGCAGCCAAGGCUGAACCAGAGCCAACCCAGAUCUCCGAGUCGGUCGAACCCCCUGUUGAAGUUGCCGAGAAGAAAGAGGAAAUUCCCGAGCUCUCAGAAGAGCCAACCAAGGAGACAAUCCCAGAGGCUGAGCCUGCAGAGGUUGAUUCUGCAGAAAUUGCUGCCGAUACUCAGUCCAAGGAGCCUGCCCCUGCUGUGCAACCCUCACCUGAGGCCAAAUCAAGCAACGUCGCUCUCGACAUCGCCAUGGGAUUAUACUAG